GAAUACGUUGUAGAAGAAAACUCCUUUAUUUCUUGUUAGACAUUUUAGCAUUGAAAACUAAGUUAUUGAGUUGUCAUUGUAAAGAUAAGAGGUUAGUUAUCCUUCAGAACGUAUAAUUCAUUAUAUCGGUUUCCGCUAGCAACGAUAAUAAUACAAUAUCAGACAAUUGUUAUUUGAAACAUAAUAAACCGUUCUGAACUAAACCGAAAGAUAAUCAAGAUCAACGCAAUAUGAAACAAAUGCCAACGCAAAGAAGAGAAAACAUUUCGUAUACAAAAGUCAACGGAAACUGGGAAAUCAAGGAAAAAGUGGAAAAUCUCAAAGAAAUUCGCUACUUGUUGUAUUUAAUCCAAGAUGCCGUGGCCGAGGUGUCGUACAGGUGCCAGGACCUGACCGAUUCAGCUAAUGCACUUGAAAACGACAACGUCGAAUUAAAGAAGAAGAUUCUUGUACAUCAUAAUUACAAAAGAAAGGAUAGAUUAGACAUGCAUACGAAGUUUAUUGGAUUAAGGGAGGUAAAACUGAAGGUCACAACACCGACAAAAUUGUUGAACUUAAAUAAGACCCUUGGAAAGAAAAAACACUUAGAAAAAUACUUAAAAAAUGUACAUUUAUGGAAGAAAACGGCUAAAUACCAUAGAAGGAUCAGGAAAUCAAUAUCUUUAAAACUACGGGAAGAAUUUAAAUCUCAUUACGAAGAAUUUAAGAUCUCAGAAAAUAAUAACCUGCAUUGGACAGAGAAGUUGAUUAUAUAUUUGAAUGAAUAUUUAACCAGAUCCAAGAAUGUCAUGUUGUUUUACAUCUUGAUGUGUAUUGCUGUAAUUCUUUACACCCUGUUAGGCGCAUUUGUUUUCCGCGCAGUUGAGGGAUAUUACGAACAAAAGUUAGUCAAUGAAGUAUUAGAAGAGAGAGCGAAACUCGCUAAAUUGGACUCGGUUACUGAUUCACUGUUGAACGAAUAUUACGAUUUUCUGACUGAAAAAUUUAAAAUAAACAAGUACCUAUUUGCUCGAGGAGAUGAACUCAGUUGGGAUUUGACUGGAUCCAUUUUCUUCUGCGCUACGACUUGCACGACCAUCGGGUACGGCGACAUUACGCCUGUAACCACUGUUGGGAAAAUUUUAAUGAUGUUUUAUGCCUUUUUUGGCAUACCGUUGUUUCUAAUAUUACUCGGCUUUGUCGGCGAGACGUUUGCAAAUCUUAUAAAUACGACGUCUGAUCACAUACUUCCACUUGACCCCAAGGGUGGCAAAUUCAGAGACGAACGCCAGUUGGAAAAAAAUGAAAAGAGGCGAUUUAAAAUUUCCGGAGUAUCAAAGAGGCCCAUGUUGAUAUUUUUCACGGUUGAAAUCUUUUACGUUCUCAUCGGCGUUAAAAUUUUUAUGUCAAGCGAAGAACAUCUACAUUACUUGGACUCCUUAUACUUUACCAUAAUAACACUGUAUACAAUAGGCUUCGGGGAUUUCAUCCUGGAUAGGAAAUUUAUGCUUGGUUGCAUAAUGUACAUCAUAGGCGGGCUAACUCUUACAUCCAUAGGUUUCUCCUUGGUAAAGAAAUCUCUGAAGAGAAAUGUAAAUAGCGCUACUUAUAAGCUUGGCCGGGCCGUUGUGCUGUACUUAGACCAAAAUCAUACGGAGAGCGAUUAAUAACAUAACAGAUAAAGUCCAUUGUGACUGGAAUUCCAGGAAUUCAUAUUUAUUAAAUAUUUAAAAUAAUACAAGCAUGAAGA